GUCACUAACGUGCACUACGUUCUUGUAAUGGCUUCCUGUGUUUUAUGUUUUGCAGCUCUCUGAAAGAUGGAAUAUUGUUCACCAAUUUUAAAACCUAUUCAUACAGAUUAUCGUAGGCGAUAUAUUACGCCGCCGCGAGUCAAAUUUAGAUUGUAUCAAAAAAGACGAGACGCCUUUUCAAAACGAUCAUCACAAUGCUUUCCAAUUUACCAGAAGAGGUGCUGUACCAAAUCUUGUCAAAUUUGGACUACAAAUCUCUGAGUCGCCUCUCUCAAGUUUGCAGAACUAUUCAUCAAUUUGUAAACCGUGACGCUGUCUGGAGGAAAAUUGCCAAAGAGUUGUUGAACACUGGAAUCACUCGACAUGGAAGAGACAUAUAUCCACAUGUGCCCCUGAAGGAGAGGGUGAAGAUGUCCCAAAACUGGUACAAUGGAGUCUGCAAGAUCGCCAUUACCCUCAAGUGGAAGAUAAAGCUGUUGCCAUGGUUACAACUUGACGGUGACGCCCUCUUCCUGUCCCAGGCGGCGGAGAUCGGGGCGUACCAUCUGCGCCAGGACCGGGGGGGUAGGCACACGCGGAACCUGGUGGCGGUGUUCUCGGGCCACAGGGGGGACGUGUGUCGCUUCACGCUCACCGACUCUCAUCUCAUCAGCGGCGGAAGUGACGGUAAGAUCCUGGUACACAACAGACGAGGCCACGGGCGUGUGGAGCUGCUGGGGCACAACCAGGAAGUGAACUGCCUGGACGCCAGAGGCGGACUUAUCGUCAGCGGUUCCAGAGACCGUACGGCUCGGAUCUGGACCUCGUCUUCCACUGUGCCCCGAGACACGGUUGCCCUGUACGACAGAGUGUGGUCUGUGGCCAUCAGCCCUGCGUUGAGCUCCUUCGUCACGGGCACGGCGUGCUGCGAGAACUUCUCCCCGCUACGCGUCUGGGACGUGGAAAGCUGUGAGUGUGUGAGCAGCCUGGGGGAGGAGUUCCGCCGCGGGGCGGGGGUGCUGGACAUGGUGUUCGAGACCCCCCAUCAGCUGUACACCUGCGGCUACGACACCUACAUCCGCCUGUGGGACCUUCGCCUCAGCCCCAGGAAGUGUGUGAUGGAGUGGGAGGAGCCUCACGACAGCGCCCUCUACUGCCUCCAGACGGAUGGGAACCACAUGAUCGCCAGUGGCUCCUCCUACUACGGCGUGGUGCGCCUCUGGGACAAACGGCAGAGCAAGUGUCUGAAGUACUUCCAGCUGACCACGGACCGGGUGAGCAGCCCCGUCUACUGCCUGAGGUUCUCCAGCUCUCACCUGUACGCCGCCAUCGCCACCGCCCUCCACGCGCUGGACUUCAGACGCAACGCCCAGGACCUGCUCUGCUGACCCCCACCCACCCACCCACCCAUGUCCCAGCAGCGCUCUGAUAAAGAUUUAUAUUUUUUUGGAAGUCCUACACUUUUCACGGAUAGGUUUGGGAUGAAUUGUAGUUUUUUAACAGAGACAUGUUUUAUUGUUUGAAGCAUGUUUGAAAAGGAAUAUGUGACUCCUGCCUUUUUUAAGACGUGUAUUAAAAAGGUUCUCGAAAUUGU